UCAGAUCACAUCGGGGGACGACAACGAUAUAAAUAACCUACAACAAUAUAGGCAUAUGACCAUGCAAGAACCUGAACAUACUCCAACGUUAAAAGCAUCAGAUUUGUCUGAAGAGAUCCAAACCAAGAUAUUUGAAUUGGCCCAACAAUCUAUAGUCACUUGCAAGAUUGAAAAAGACAUUGCGACAUUCUUGAAGAAGGAGUUGGACCAGAUCUAUGGCCCUACGUGGCAUGUAAUUGUAGGAAGGAGCUUUGGAAGUUAUGUCACUCAUGAACAAGGAUAUUUCAUCUAUUUUUACAUCGGUGACUUGGCAUUCUUGAUAUUCAAAAGUGGUUGAUAAUUAUUUAUAUAUAUAGUUUCGUAUUCUAUUAAUUUCUAAUACACACACAUAAAAGAAGAAAUAAAUCUAGUUUGUACAUCUAUUGCAACUUUUCAGUUUGACCUCCGAAUAAAGUAAAGACAGGGGCAUCCAAUCUAUCUCUACCCUUCAAGAAAUCUAAUUCCAUAACGAACAAGUAUUCGACAAUCUUGGCACCGGUCAAUUUGGCUAAUUCACCAGCACCAAAGGCACUACCACCAGUAGCCAAGAUAUCGUCAACAAUCAAGACUCUGGAACCGGCUGGGAUAACAUCCUUUUGGAUUUCAAAAGCAUCGGAACCGUAUUCCUUCUUGAAUUCAACGUUGUAAGUUGGACCUGGCAACUUACCUGGCUUUCUAACAGGAACAAAACCGGCAUUAAGAGCAAGAGCCAAGGCAGGACCGAAUAAGAACCCACGACUUUCUAAACCGAUAACAUAGUCGACUUUGGCGUCUUCACCCACGUGUAAUUGGAAAGCACGAACCAACUUCUUGAAAAGAUCAGGCUUUGUGAAAAUUGGAAGGAAAUCUUCAAAAAGAAUACCUUCUUGAGGGAAGUUUGGGAAUUGCUUUAAGUUAGCCUUUAAUUCAGCGGCCAAUUCGACGAUUUCGUUGUGAGUGCUGGACAUGUUGUAAGAU